UCAUUUCUUUAGUAUCUCGCAACACAGUCCGCCAUGACUUCCAUCACUGCUCCUCCGUGUGCACUCCCUCAAUCUGAACAAGAAAAUCUCAUCGAAAAACUUGAAAUCUUCAAAAUUCAAGGCAAAGAUAAACGAGGCUGCACCAUCCUUCGCAUAAUCGGGAAAAACUUUCCAGCGAGAGUUCUGAAUGUUGAGGCACUGAAGAAAUACUUAGAGGAUGUGAUUUUUCCGAGUUUACGUGAAACCCCAUUUUCAAUGGUCUAUGUCAACACUGGUGUCAGCAGAAGCGACAACUUCCCAGGCAUUUCAGCAUUGAGAUCAAUCUACGAGGCAAUUCCAGUUAAAAUUAGAGAGAAUCUGGACUCAAUUUAUUUCCUCCAUCCUGGAUUUCAGUCCCGCCUCUUCCUCGCGACGUUUGGCCGUCUCAUCUUCCCUGGACCCGGAGGGUGGUAUUGGAAGGUGAGAUAUGUGAACAGGUUGGAAUUUCUGUGGGAAAAUGUGAGGAGAAAGGAUAUUGAGAUACCUGAAUAUGUCUAUGAAGAGGAAGAAGAAAUGGAGUACCGUCCACCCACUAUGGAUUAUGGGAUGGAGAGUGAUCACCCAAGAUUAUAUGGAUCUUCAAUUCUUGAUUGUACAGUUUCAACCUAUUCCACGAGGGGUAUUGCUUAGUGUCAUGUUAGUUUUUCUAUAUACUUCUGUUUUCAGUUAUAUGAAGAAGAUAAGAGAAGAGAAGAUAGGAUGUAUUGCACAAGGGGUGGAUUGCUGUUUUCUUGAUUUUCCAUAAGUUUUAUGGACAUGUAAAUACAUCUAAUGCGUGAGAAAAUUAUUACCUUGAUUACAUUAUUAAAAACCCAAAAAUGUAACCAUUUCAAGAAUAGGGCUUUUGCCUCA